GCUUCGCGCGCGUAGCACGACCCGACCCGGCAUUCUAUGAUGGAAUACGAGCGUGAGCGGUGACUUGUAAACAAACUCCAAACAAUUUCAAAUACAAUACAAAUUCUAUUCCCCUAAUUCCAAAGAUGCGUAAAAAUUAUGUUUCCCUUUUAAAUAAUGGUUGAUAAAAACUUCAUAGUGAAAGUGUGACUGUUGAGCUUAAACUAAGUUGUGGGUGAACGGAACGAUUAUUAUGUAAAUACGGCGAUAUAUAUUGAUACAGCGAAAAUGAAGAUACUAACUCUGUUUAUGUUGUGUGCAAUAGCAUCAGCACACAAGAUCACACAGCUGAAGGUCCCUCUAUACGCAGACCCGCGGCGAGCCGCAGAGCUCAGCUGCCACUUCCAGAUGGACGACCAGAAGCUGCAUUCUGUCAAAUGGUACCGAGACAUGCACGAGAUAUUCAGAUAUAACCCUUCGCAAAAGCCCCCGAUCCGACUUUUCAACGUAACGGGUAUCAUGGUGCAAGGCGGCGAGUGUCAAGUGGACUCCUGCAUGGUGCGAGUGAUGCCCCCGCCACUAGCCACCAGAGCUGCCUACAGCUGCGAAAUAUCGACCGAAGGCCCCAAGUUCCAGAUCGCUCGACAAACUAAGCACAUGACAGUUGUUGCGAUGCCGGACAAGGACCCAAUUAUAAUCGGAGCUCCCAAAUUAGUGAAACCGGGAGAACAAAUUCUCCUCAACUGUACGUCAGACUACUCAUUGCCGCCGUCGGAUAUAAAUUGGUAUAUCGACAACGACAUACAAAAGCCAGAGCCAUGGCACCGUACGGAGCUGAGCGCGCCGCAGCCGGGGGGUCUACGCGCAUCAUGGCGAGUGCUACGCGUGUCCGUCCCGCCGGCAGAGAGCGGAGCGUUACGCGUGCGAUGCGAAGCGAUCCUCAUGGUCGAGCCACCGGUCGUAAGGGACACGUCGGCGAUUAUAACGCUGUAUUCGCGUACCCAAUUGUCGAAAUAUGUGUCGAAUAGAGGUAUCAAUAUGGAAACUCCAAUUAUAAAUGUAUUAGUGUGUGUAGUUCUGUGGACUUUAAAAGAAUUAUCAAAGGUGAGCUUAUGAGGCUAAGUUUGACUGUGGUGGUGAUAUUAGUAUAAGGAUGUAGAUAAUGGGUCGGCCUCAACGUCAUUCCUAGUUUAAGAGCUGUUUAUUUUAAAAAUCAUAAUUUCCUUUUGGAACACAACAUUGGCUUUAUAUCUAUGUCUCAAUAAUUUAAUAGAUAAGAAUACAAAGUUUAUUCUUGUGCCAAAUUAUUAGAAUUUAAUCAGUAGUUCUAUUUUGUUUCAGCUCUUAGGCUAUAAGUGACUAUAAAGUUAUACUUGGGUGUAUGUAUAAUGAAUUUAAUUCACAAGUUUACCGCUAAGUUGGUAACUAUACAUGACUUAUUUUUUGUACAUACCAAAACUUAUUUAUAUGUCGAUGUAUGUCAAGAUAUAAAUUAUUUAUUAGAUAAUUAAUAUAAACGAAAUAAAAUCUAACUAGUCGAGUUAUAACUGUCUUAGCUAAUUCCUUAGACGUGUCUAUAAUAAGUUUUUAGACUACUGUCACUAUAUGCACUAUAAAAUUGCUGCGUAUGACUUAUAAAGUAUGAAAUAUAUGUGUAUCUUCCUAUCCGUCGUAUGAAAAUAAAAAUUUGUUUGUACUUUUAAUAUUCUUUUGUAAAAAUUCACAGCACACUAAAAUUAUAAACGUACCAGUGUGAGAGUCUUAAUACGAUUUAAUACGUACCACACUGAAUUAUUGUACGGGUUGAAUGUAUAAUAAAACUUGAAUUUAUAUCAUGUUUUAUUUAACUGCACUGACAUUAUUUUUAUGACCUAAACGUAUUCGAAACAAAUCCAAUUAGGAAUUCUUUGACCAUCUAAAAGUACAUUACGAAGCGGGCGGGAAAUUAUAUGACUGCAUUCAAAAAUUAAUGUCCCCUGGCAUUGGUAUAGGAGUCUGGAUUUAUUUUGGUCCAUAUUUCGCAAUAAUAGUUCUGUCCACGUUCUGUCAGUGACCGCUAUAACCGUCUAUCAUGGAUUGUGCACUGCCGCAAUGGGAAAACCAUUUUCUAGUUCAUGUAAAAAAUAUUUUUCUUCCGUUGCUACAAUGAAAUAUUUGUUGGCACAUCUUUUUGGGUUUUUGUGUGUUCUUUUGUUCUUAGCUCCUAUUUGUCAGCAAAGAAAGUAAUUUGAAUGGUUAAAAUUGGUUGUAAAAUAGGCAAUUAAUUAAGUUAUUUAACACAAUUAUAAAUGAAUGAACUUAUUCACAUCAUUGUAGAAAUACAUAUUACAUAAUGUACCAUAAAUAGAAAAAUAAUUAAUUAGACUUCUAAAUAACACAAUUAAAACUAUUGUUUGGCAAUCUAGUUUCUAGUAUAUAAUUUUUAUAUUUUGUGCAAUGUUAUAUAUUUAAAUAAGCAAACAAUUUCGCCUCAUGUUUGACGUCAUAUUAGAAAAAAAUAUGUAGUUCCUUGAAAUGAAUAUACCUAUAAAAAUGGCUUUCUCUAUGUAUAAUUUGAACAAAAAGCAUUCAACCCGUACAAUAGGCGUUUUAAAAACACACAUGUCGCCGUUUUGUGAUUUAAUUAGCUUAUAUUUAAAUACGUUUUAUACUAUGAAUAGGCAUUAAUCUAUGGCUGUGUUUCACUUAAGGUACGUCAAUUCUUUGCACGAAAUCAUCUCUUUAUCUUAAUGUACAGUAAAUGGAUAUUGUUUUGUUUAAUUUAUUGUAAAAUUUAAAUGGAUACGUAAAUAAAUAUGAUAUGAAAUCGA